GCGGUCAUUUGGUCGCGUUUCGGCCCUAAAUUAUUGUAACACGUUAAUUUAAAGGUGGUUCAAUGGCCGGAAAUCUGAAAGUAUGCAUCAUUGGAGCCGAGGGCUGGGGCACGGCCAUAGCGGCCGCCGUAAGCAACAAUGUCUUAAAGGGUGGCUUUGACAGCCAGGUACAUAUCUAUGUUUAUGAUGAGAUGAUUCGGAACACCGCUUUGUCUGAGGUUAUUAACAGUCAUCACGAGAAUGUCAAGUAUCUGCCUGGGAUUAAGCUGCCCAAUAACCUGAUUGCAGUUAAUGAUCUUUUGGAAGCUGCCCAGAAUGCAGAUAUUUUGAUAUUUUCCAUGCCCCAUGAAUUCGUCAAAUCCUAUUGCAACAUCUUGGCUGGAAAUAUUAAGGAGACUGCUUUUGCCGUAUCCAUGACCAAGGGCUUGAUGCGCGUCAGUGGUGAGGAAAUAGGGCUCGUGUCGCACACCAUCAGCGAGCGACUGGCCAUUCCAUGUUACUCGAUGAUGUCUGCUCAUAGUGCCAUGGAAAUGGCUCAGGGAAAGCUAUCCGAAGUGACCGUCGGCUGCAACGAAGAUGCACAUGCCAAGCUGCUAACUCAAGCCAUGCAAACCAACAAUUGCAGAAUUAUUUCUGUUAAUGACGUCGAUGGAGUAGAGCUGUGCGGAACGCUUAAGGAUAUUAUCGCCCUUGGAGCUGGUUUCGUAGAUGGGCUUCGCUUAGGCGAAAACGCACGGUUGACAGCCAUCCACCUGGGGAUAAAGGAAAUGAUGCGGUUUAUCAAGACGUUCUACCCCUCCGCCAAAAUGUCUACAUUCUACGAAAGCUGCGGAGUAGCUAACACGGUAGCUUCAAGCUUUGUCGAUAAGAAUGCCACCUUUGCAAAAAGCCUUGUAACCUCGGGCAAAACAAUUGAGGAAAUAGAAGCCAACCUACUUCAAGGCCGCAAGUUAUUAGGACCUAUGGUGGCCAGUGAUGUGAAUGGAUUUUUGGAGAAGGAACUCUUGCAACACGAAUUUCCUCUUUUUACGGCUAUCCACCUCAUAUGUCAAAGCGAGGCUCCGCCAGAACUGAUGGUAGAAGCUCUGAGAAAUCACCCAGACCUAAGCAAUUCAUCUAUAUCGCAUUUACUAAGCCACGAGUCGGAGAAGGGCGAGCAAAAUAAAGACCAUGUGCUGGAUCAAGUGGCUGACACCCUGCCCAAGCUGAGAAGCGCUUUAGAUAAGGUUUUGGCUAGAGCGGGCAACGAAAAUUUUAAGGACCUUAAAGUGACGGAAGACUGGACAGAAGUCAACGAGUACGACACCGAGGAGACGACUUCGAGACAACUUGCAUCACAGGAUUCCUCCCUUGAAGCCGAAGAAAUGCCAAGCCGACUGAGUGUGCAAGCUACGCGUCUUCAUAAUGACAUCCGGGACGGAAAUGUGCAGGUGGCCUUCAAAAUGGACAUUGAUGAAGGCUAUAGACAAGUGCAGCUCUUGCUGGAAGAAGAUCGAGAUAGCGCUAGGACCCUGUCCCUCAUGUCACCUAGAAUGGCUGCAGGCCAAGAGGAUGACAAUACUAAAACACAUAAAGUACACUAUAUGGACUCAUCCGUAGAAUCUGAUCGCAUGGCCGAAGAAAGCAUUAACGAUACAACGGAUAUACUAGACGUGAGUUCGGAGUCUGAACCUCUAAAUUUGUCCAACCAAAAAAGCGAACAUUUCGAUCAUGGAGAGCCAAGUCCUUCAAAGCUUCUAAAGAUGGCCGAACUAAAAUCUGAUAUAGACCAACAAGAAGCGGUUAAUAUUAAAGCUCAGGAGAAUCUAAUAAAAUCUAUUAGGCAGACUAUUCAAGCUCUUGGUGAUAAGGAAAAAAUGGAAAAAAUAAUUGCCCAAAGUCAAAUGGAGGACGAAACUUUACAGUUAAAAAACCAAGUGGACGAUGCAGAUUUUGAACUGAAAAGUAAAAUUAAAACAGAUAAUCCCCAAAUGGAGGAGGGUGAAUCUUCUCAACUGAUUAGCGAAAUGGAGGAGAAAAACUCUCAGCUUAAAGGCGAAAUUGAGGAUGAAACUUAUCAACUGAAAGGUGAAAUGAGUGAAGAAACUUCUGAACUGAAUAACCCAUUGGAAGAGGAAAUAAAUCAACUAAAAAAUCAACCAUAUGAAUCCGAAUUUGUUGGUCUCAAUCCAGAGGAAGCGCAUUCUCUGGAAGAAUCACAAGACAGGCAGCAACUCAAAAUUAAAUCAAAAGCUGAUAAUCUUAAAGAGCUUAUGUUCGCCGAUUCAGAGGAGCCUUUAGAGGCCGAGAAGCUUGUCGAAAUGAAACUUCAGGAUGAAAACGAAUUCGAACUGAACGAGGAGCCACUCAUUGGGAAAAAAGGACGUACUUACACUAAAGAGAAAAUGGAGCUCGAGGAGAUGCUCGAGUGGCAAAAAAUAAUGCAACGAGAAAAAAAUAAUCUUCAAGAAGAUAUCCAGAACUACUCUUCAGAAGAAUUAGAAGAUUCCAAAGCUUACGAAGACCACUCGAGGCUACCAAUAGAGCAUGAUGAUAGGUUGCAGGAUUUGGAUACCCAUCACGAUGAAGAGCUCCUUCAAGUACGGGCCGAGAACAGGGAGAUCAGCGGCUCUGACGAGCUGCUAAACAAGUUUGGUGAGCGGAAGCCGUAUCAAUAUCUGGAAGAGGCCAAUACACGUUAUUAUAGCGAAAGCAAGGAUAUGGAGACUGGCCAUCACGAGUGGGAUUGGCUAAAGAACAGUGAAUCAAUUGAUAAUGACGACCGCACGACAGAGCCUAACGCCAAGGAAACAAACGAAACACUCAGCAAAUCUGACCAGGAUAGGCUAGAUAAGCUGACACAUCAACUAAAGGAAGCUUUGCAGCAUGAUUUGGAUGUGAAGUCGUUAAGCCAAGGUGAUGAAAACAAUGAAAGUAUGUCCGAGGAAGAAUCGGAUCCCGAAAUUGCUAAGAGAAUUACGGAGCAACCAAGUACCCCCACACCUGCUCAAAUUCCAGCUGUGCCCUUGUCAGUUCCAUCGCCCAAUAAACAGUCCAACAUUCCCGAGGGCUCUCCCCAGUUCGAUAAUCAACCCCGCUCAGUUCCACCACCUUCGCCAAGAACCAAACCUUUCAUGCCCAAAGAACAACAGCCACGGCGUACAGAUGCCCCCAUCAAGUUCGAGGAUGAAGUCAGGCAACCCGAUGUGCCAGCUUCGAAAAAGAAUGUCCCUGCAGAUACACCCAAAACUGAGACGAUUAUUGAUCCGAUGGCUAAAGAUGUCUCCACAUCAAAGCCAAGUAAGCCACUGAAAACCAAAAAGGAAGCGCUACCAGCUAAACAGCGAAAACAGCGUGGUGGCUCCGCAGAUGCUAAAAAUGCAGACCAAUCCGAGGAUACGAAAAAUACCGAAGAGCAUCGGCAAUAUAUAGAAAAUCAAAAAGCCCAGCUCGAAAAAAUGGGCAAGAAGAUCAGCGUUAUGCGCAAGGGUCAAGAUCGUCGUGUGAACUACAGGGGCCAGGACCCCUUUAAAGGUGAACAGGAUCUACACUCUAGGCCGCCGAUGGACACCAGCCUCGAAAAGGACAAAGCGGGGGAGUCCCAGGGUCUGGGCCAUCAGCGUCGUAAGGUGGUGGUAACACCGCCAUUCCAUCCACCUAUUAAUCCUCGAAUGCGUGUGCCACGGCCACCCUUCGACGGACGGGAUCAUGAGUUCCAUACGAUGACCACCAUGCCAGUGGGUCUUAUUCCGGCAGUCAAGUGGCCCUCAAAGCCUGUAGCUCUAAAGCAGAACCCCACCUCCUUGGUUGCCACUAUCCAAGUACAACAGUUUGGUACACUGCGAAGUCAGGUCGCACCGCAACCCUUAUUAAGAAUGCCCUCUGGAAUGCCCCGCACGCCGACUUUUACAAAGAUCCUUUGUGCCUUGCAGUUAGGACUGCUGGCUUCGUACCUGGCUAGGUGCAAAAGGGAUUAAUCUGUGGAUUAGACUCCAAUGAUGUUCCUGAGCUCGGCGUUUUGAACCCCCUAAUUUAAGCACUAAGAUCUUCUAUAAUGACAAAUUACUUUACAUUUCAUUGGAAUAAAAGGUGUUAGGGUUAA